UCCUCUUGACUUUCAGAUUGAACACAUUCGAUAAUAAAAUACAGCUAAAUUAGUAGGUUAAUAUUUCUUGGACAUUACUGGACAAAUGCAAACAGCGCUCAGAGGAUUUCUUUUGAGCUGCAGUCGCAGCUCUGGCAAAAUGACGCCUCCCAAUAAGCCUGGCCAGAAGCAGACUGCCAAGCCAGGUGCAACCAGCCAAGGCCAGUGCGGUGACUCUACCGCGAACAUGGACGACUGCUUCGAACUGGGCUUCUCCAGUGUGCGCUUGGCCACAGCUGAGCUGAUGAAGGCGCUCGAGUUGCAGCCAAAAUUCAUUUCGGCCAGCACUCGCCGGGACAUGUACACCGAAUGGCACGGGCGUAUAGAGGAAAUGAUAAAGAAGCGCAUAAGCAAAGUCUAUCCCGAUCACAUCAUCAUUGUGGAGAACAAGGCCGACUAUGAUAAGCGUUCGGCGUUGAAGCUGACGGCAGCGCCCACUUGGAUUCUUGAUCCCAUCGAUGGCACGAUGAACUUUGCGCAUGGCUUUCCCUACACCUGUGUCUCACUGGCCUUCUGGCAGGAGAAGCAGCCGGAGUUUGGCAUCAUUUGGAAUCCCUUCCUGGAUCAGUGCUACACAGCGCGUCGUGGCUAUGGCGCCUUCAUGAAUGUCAAGCCUUUGAAUGUCAGCAAACGCGACCAGCUCUCGGAGGCGCUGAUCAUACACGAGCUGGGCACGGAUCUCACCUUUGCGGAUAAGAAGCUGAAAAACAUUGAUCAGAUAGCACGCAAGGCGCAUGGUUUGCGCAGCUUGGGCAGCACGGUGUUGAACAUGUGCAUGGUGGCUCAAGGAUUCGCGGAUGCUUAUUACGAGUUCGGCUGUCAUGCUUGGGAUAUGGCUGCGGGUGUGUUGCUGGUGCAAGAAGCGGGCGGUGUGGUAGUGGAUCCAUCGUUGCAGCCUGUGGACUUAAUGUCACGUCGCAUGCUUUGCGCCUCAAGUCCAAAGCUAGCCCAGGAAUUGUCUGCCUUGCUUGUCAAGUAUGAGCCACAGCCAAGAGAUGACGAUGAGCGUAGACCACCUAAGCCAACUAUCUCAAAGCCCACAGGACCGCUGGACGUCUGCUCGCAGCUGCCACCGAAGAAAAACUCUUGAGGAUUCAGUUUGGCCCAGCUCUUAGAAGGCAUUGCCAUGUAUUUUAAAUUUUUCGUGUAUAAUAUUGAGAAUUAAAUCUGGGCCUUAAAUGUAAAAUAUGCUAAAA